AUGGAGCUAGGUUUCUCUCCAAACCAAAAACCCUAUCAAACGGAGCUCAUGAUCAACCUCGAGGACAGCCAACUGCCUCCAGGGUUUCGCUUCCACCCUACUGACGAGGAACUCAUCGGCUACUAUCUCCUUAGGAAGGUCAUGGACUCCAACUUCACCUGUCGUGCCAUAACCCAAGUUGACCUCAACAAGUGCGAGCCGUGGCAGCUCCCUGAGAAAGCAAAAAUGGGGGAGAAAGAGUGGUACUUGUUCAGCCUGCGCGACAAGAAAUACCCGACCGGAAUUCGCACCAACCGUGCCACUGAAGCCGGGUACUGGAAAGCCACCGGGAAAGACCGAGAGAUUUUCAGCUCCAAGACUGGUUCCCUUCUUGGAAUGAGGAAGACUUUGGUUUUUUACCACGGCCGAGCUCCCAACGGUAUGAAGAGUAACUGGGUCAUGCACGAGUACCGCCUUGAAUGUCGAUUUGCUUACAGACACCUCCUCAGGAACUCCCAGGAGUGGGUGAUUUCGAGGGUGUUCCAGAAGUUCAAGAAGAGCAAUGGACCCGAAUGCAAGAAGAUCCGAAUGAUUGCUGAGCCCAGCUCGCCUGCUUCUUCCUCGGUCUCACUGCCACUACUUUUCGACUCCUCCCCUUACUUCUCCAACGGCAAUGCUAAUUCCCUCACCGACCGUGACAGCUGCUCCCAUGACAACCGUACCCCGAGGGAUCACGUGUCCUGUUUCUCCACCAUCGCCAACACCGCCACUUUCAACCAUCUCAUGACUUCCUCGGACCUCGCUCCGCCUCCGCAGCCGCCCACUCCUUCGUUACACGGCUUCGGUGGCCUCUCGGACUUUCCGAGCCUCAGGUCUCUCCAGGAGAAUCUCCAGCUGCCCCUCUUUUUCCCGCAGGGAAUGCAGCCUCUUCAGCCCUACUCCAGCACCAGUGGCUCCUUCGACCUCGGAGACUGGAGCUCGCUAGGAAACUGGCGCUGA